AUGAGUGUUUCAUCGGAUCUAGCACAUGGAAGGUUGAAUGAAUCUCCGAUAAAUAGUAGCGGUUUUUCAGAGUUUGAUCGACUAAGUAGUGUGAAAAGUCUGCUUGAAGAAUUAGCGACUGAUUAUAAUGAUUACAAGGAGCCAGGGAACAAAGGAUAUAAUGUUGAAAUAAUGGGCAAGGACGAGAUGCUUGGAUAUAAUGGACAGGUGGAUCAUUAUCAUGUUCAUGGAAUGAAUGAUGGAUUAAUAAAGCACGGAAAAGGACAUGAUCAUCAACAUGAUGAACAUGAAGGGCAUACUAUGAAGAUGUGGUUUCAUUUCGGUUGUCAUGAAAUAAUUUUAUUUGAAUUUUGGCAAAUCGAAUCUUUGUACGGUCUCUUGCUUUCCUGUUUAUUGAUCUUCAUAAUGGCAUGUUUUUACGAAUGGAUAAAAUGGUUUCGUGUUUAUCUGCAGCUUUCCGCUGCACGAUGUCCAGCGAGUUGCCGUCAUACCAAUGAUGAAGGGAAGGAAGAUGAAGUAAAGCAAGAUGAUGAUAAACGUAUUGAUUGCAGUCGCUCUUCUGUAUCAGCUCCUUUGACUAUUACUCUACAACCUAAUUACCACCAGGUCUCAAGCAGGACAACAACAAGAGAGAUUUCUCCUACAAUCCGGUCCUUACAAGCAGUCCUUUAUCUUGUACAGCUAACAUUGGCGUAUUGCUUGAUGCUUAUCGCGAUGACGUAUAAUGUCUGGCUAACAAUAGCGGUAAUUGCGGGUGCAGCUUCCGGACAUUGGUUAUUUGCUAUUUUAAAAUGUUUUAAUCCACGAACUGAUGAUUUGGAUACAUUUGCUACCGAUGCGUGCCAUUAA